UUCAUGUGAAAAUUAUCAGAUGCAUAUUGUUGUUAAGAAUAGUUAAGAAAUAUAAGAGUAAACAAUGAUAUAUGAAAAUAAAACUCUUCUAUUGAAUUUAACGUAAAUUAAAAACUUUAUUUAGUGUUACUUAUCGAAAUAUUGUAAUUACAAAAUGCCUGCCGUAACGUCAACAACAGCUGAAGAUCAAAACGAUGGAGAUCAGAAAAUGUGGAGUGCUCUCAAAAGAUAUAUAAUACGAGAAAGGCAAAGAAAAAAAGAAGAAUAUGAAGCAGAAGUAGAGGAGGAAAGAUUGAGAAAGGAGCGGGAGGCAAGAGAAAGACAAGAUGUCAUGACAUUAGAAGAAACAAAGGAACAGAUUGAGCAACUAGAACAGAAGUUAAAGCAGUUAGAGAAAGAAAAACAACAGUUGUUCAUGCAACUUAAAAGAGUACUUAAUGAAGAUGAAGUAAGAAAGAGACAACAACAAAAGGAGACUAAUGAUAUGCAGUCAAUGAAGAUGCCAAUGGGUAAUAUCCAGAUACCAAUGUUCUCGGUGCCAACAUCAAUGGGUCAAGGAGAGCCACCACCAUCACAAGGCAGGGCGCCUCCGCUAACAACCCAUAUCAUGAACAAAAAUAAGCAUUCAAACUACAUGCUGUUCCCGCAACAGCAGAGCUUAGUCAGAGGUCCGAUACAAUCAAAUGUGAAACGAACAAGGAGUCCUUCACCAACAUAUGCUCUAUAUGCACACAGAUUACAUCAGCCUCCUAUGAAACACCAAGCUGUCUAUUCUGACCACAAAGUUGAGGAUGGUCGUAUGGGGCGCCAAAUGGCGCGCGCAGUGCUUUGGACCAAGUCGCCGCAAUACGCAUCUAACGUGAGCGGGUCGGGAGUGUCGUCCGGCUACUACGCGAUGCCGACGUCGGGCGUGGUGGGUGUGGUGGCGGAGCGCCCGCCCCCGCUGCUGUACGCGCACCACGGACACACGCCGCACGCGCACACUCCGCACACCCCGCACACUCCGCACCAGUCGCACCAGCCGCACCAGCCGCACCAACCCCAUCAGCCCCACCACACGAACCUCAUGUACGCGCCCGCGCAGCCGCAGCUCUACUUGGACAUGCUGAAGAACAGGGACGGUCAGCAGCACUCCGAACAGAAGAAGGAGGCCCAGAUCCCGAUGUUUUGCACUAUGCACGGAGAGUCGUCGGUCGAGCACCUGAACUCGGAUAGCAGUUCCAUCGGAUUACGUGAACAUCGAGUGAAGGCAUAGAGAGUGCACCGAUGCUUGCAUCAUAACGUCUCGUGCGCAGUAGUGACAGCGAAACCAGGCAGUAUAACCCAAGGUUAUCCUGUUCAGCAAUCAAACCCAAAUGUACAGAACCCGAAUAUAUAUCCCAACAGACACCGCUAUUAGCUACUAUUAAUGAUCGUCCAGCGACACCCCUCGCCACCUCAGGCAUCGAGAAACAUAAUCGUGCACACGAGAAAUUAUAAAGAUCUUUAGUACAAAGGUUAUUCAAUGGUAUUUCAAAUGGUGACUUUAAAAAAAAAAAAAACUUUUUUUAUUUUUGUAUUACAUUAUGAUAUAGUUAAAUUAUAUUUAAAGUGUAAAUUUAAAUUAUAUUUAAUUAGAACGCAGUGUAUGUGUUUAGCCGGUAAAAUUGGUGUUAUGAAAGUUUGUUUAUAUAAUAUAUUGACUCAUGCAAUGAACACUUGAGUGAAUCAAAUCGAAAUCCCUUAUUGAACUUUAAAAAGAAGCAGAAGUAUUACACUUACUUAUUAUUGAUUACUGAUAAAUUAGAAACUACCACCGAUUCUGAAAAGAAAUACCCGGUUCUAAGAAGAACCAGCGGGUUUUUUGUUUUUUACAUGUUUUGUAUUUUUGUCUUUCUUAGAUCCUGUUAUAAAACCUUUGUCCCACAAAAGAGUUACUAUGCAGUCGAGUAACAGGAGUGACUAUGCUAAAUUUUUCUUCAAUGUUUAAUAAUUAUAUUUAAAGAUUUUUGUUUCUGGUCACACAUCGACCUUAGUCAUUUGUUUUAAACAUUAUUAUUUCUUUUCUUUUUUCAAAUGUUUUUAUUGGUAACGCUGAAGUUCGUUAAUGGCAACACCAAACAAUAUAACACGAAAAUCGAACGACAUAGUGAGAAAAGCUACGGCACCGUUUGCCUUUGCCUAUUUAUACAUAGAUUUUGAACGAAUAGAUUUACGGCCUUUAAGACGUUGUAUUGCGACUGGUUAGUUAAACACUGAUUUCUCCCUUUCUGUCAUUAUCGAUUUGACAUUCGAAAGAACGAGACAGCAUUGUUUUUCGGAUGAUUAGCUCAUCCUUAAAAACUCAGCUUAAAACAACGUUUUUAAGUAAGUUUCAAUAUUAUCGAGUUAACAUAGUGUUCAUUGUUGGUGACAUGUGCUUGUAAUUGUCUUGCGAUAAUCGCAAAAUUAUUGUCUAUACUGAUACAAUAAUGUGAUUAAACGCUUAAAAAAAUGAAAAUUAUUCUAUCGUAUUAUGUCUAUGGUAUGGUGUAAAGUUUACUUUCAUAAAUUGCGGUCCUCCGUUAUGAUAACACUACGAGUUGAUCUUUAGAAAGUACUCAGUGUUCAGUACGCUUAGUGCGAGUUUUUUUACCUAUUCGAUUUAAACAGCGCCAUCUAGGGACAGUAGUUGGAACUCCAAUCAAACGUUUACUUUAUGGAAUAAUAAAAAAAAACACACUAGACACAGAUUGUCCAAUAACAUAAUAUAUAAAGUUAUUAGUAUAAGUUUAUUUUAUAUUAUACAUUUAUUUUUCAUUAAUUAAAUUGGUUAUAACAUUUCAAAUUUCAUUUCUUAAUUAUUUUGUAAUAUUAUUAGUAAUAUUUGUAAUAUUAGUAAGUACGUAUAUGUAA